AAAAAUAUCACUUUAAUGUGUUUCCUAACAGAUAAUCAGUCCCAUUGUUACAGGUGCUGUUUGACAGACCCUGCUGCAGAGAAGAUGCAUGGCGACAAGAAGGCAAGUGGAGCUUCUUCCACAUCGGGAGAGAAUAAAGCAGAAGCACAAGAGAAGAAACCAGGAGGAGCUAAUGUUAGCCAACCCCCCAAAACACAGACGAGUGGAGCUGCUUCUGCUGUUAAGAAGCAGUCCCCCUCUGCGGAUGCACCAAAAACACAAAUUAUGAAGCCAUCUGAGACAAAGCCCACACCAACAACCAAAGCAGAACCUGGAAAACCUGCAGAGUCAGCCAAGCCAGCAGACUCUCAAAAUAAACAGCUGUCUGAAGAGAGGCAGAAGGAGCCCAGUGAUGCGAAAAACCAAACCUCACCUUCAGUGACAAUGACUUCUAAACCAAAUAAUGCAGGAAAAGAAGCUACAACUCAGGCUGGCCAGCCUCCACCAGCAGCCUCCACGGAGACAGCAAAGCCAAAGUCCGAGAAGAUGUCCAUAGCGUCUGGUCCAGCUGGUGCAAGUGUGGUUACUGUCACUGAUAACUCGAGUGCUGAGGCUGCUAUGGAUGAGUCGGCACUGGACAGCCUAAUAGACACCCUAGGGGGGCCUGAGGAAGAUGUGCCUCCUAGUCCUGUUUACACUGGUCCAGAAGUUACGGAAGAUAUAUCUUCAAGGUACUUGGAAGAAAUGGGUAAACGGGAAGGUAGUCUCCCUCCAGAGUACGUCAAGUUGUUGAAGAGCAAAGGGGGUGGCAAAGAUGGAGUCCCACCAAAAGUAGAUGAACGAGAUGAAAAGCCCAUGACGGAGGAUGAGCUUGCAGAGGCCCUGUCGUCCGACUUCACCUGCGCUGACGAAAAGAAGGCAACCCCAACAGAGAAACCAAGCGAGGAAGGAAAAAUCGUGCAGGCACAAGCAGUGAGUUCAGUCAAGAGCUCAGUUCCUCCAAAGGAGAAGAAAACGAAAUCAAAAGAGGAAAUGAAAGAAGAUGCGGUGGAAGCUCUUCUUGAUACUCUCGGUGGGCCUGAACCUGAGCCUGAAAAAGAUCUUACCCCUGUUGUGGAGGUGUCUGAGGUAAAAGCUAAGGAGAAAAAAGAAGAAAAGACUGGAGAACGUGAUGAUACAAUACCUCCAGAAUACAGGUUAACACCAGAGCUGGAUAAAGAUGGAAAACCGAUAUUGCCAAAGCCUGAAGAGAAACCUAAGCCUUUGAGUGAAUCUGAUCUUGUUGAUGAAUUUUCCAAGGACUUUUCCUGCCCGGCACAGCCUGCGGUACAGUCCAAACCAUCAAAGCCCAGCAGCACAUCCAAAAAGCCUUCAUCUCCUGCCUCCACAAAGCCCGCUGUGGACGAAGCGGUCCCUCGGGCAGCAGCUUGCACCGUGCAGGCUGCGGCUCCCUCCGCCGCGUCCUCGGUGGGUGACGCGACGGAUGAAGCACUGGAAGCCUUGUCCAGUAGCCUGGGCAAGAGGGAGCCCGAUCCAGAGGAAAAGAAACCUGUGGUGGACAAAGUUAAGGAGAAAACCAAACAAGAAGAGCGCAAAAAAUUGGGUGAAGAUGAAGAAACGAUUCCUCCAGAGUACAGAUUAACAGGAGCAAAAGAUAAAGAUGGAAAACCACUCUUACCAAAACCUGAAGGAAAGUCCCAGCCUAUGAGUGAAAACGAACUUCUAGAGGGUUUGACAGAAGGAUUUUCCUGUUCCCCAUCUGCACCAUUGUCUAAACCAACUGUAACAAAGAAAACCAAGGAGGGUGGCAAGCCCGUGGACUCCUCGGAGGUUGUCUCUGCUGCUACGGUUUCCUCGGUGCACUCAUCGGCUCCUGCGGCCGCUGCCUCGGGAGGAAAAGAGAUGGACGAGGCCUUGGAUCUCCUCUCGGAUUCCCUGGGGCAGAGGGAGCCCGACCCUGAUGAGAACAAACCAAUGGUGGAUAAAGUAAAGGAAAAAGCGGAAUCUGAACACAGAGACAAACUUGGAGAAAGAGACGAUACCAUCCCGCCUGACUAUCGGAAGCUUCUGGAGUCGGGUGAGCAGGGCAAACCAGCGAAGCCGACAGCGAAGGGUGACGCGAAACACAAGGAACAAAAGAAGCCCCGUGAUGACUCUGCCGCGAUCGAUGCCCUGUCUGGUGACUUCGAUACUUGUGCGAAGCCUCCCGCCACACCCCAGCACUCAAAGGACAAAAGCGGGAAGGAAACCGUCACCACUAAACCAGCCCCAAAGGACAAAGGAAAGCCCAAAGAGCCCAAAAAGGCAAAGGGACAGUCCUCCGGCAGCAAAUCUGAGAAGCAGAAAACGAGCUAAACCUUAAUGAGGGUGGGAUCCUGGCACAUGAUGUAAAACGUUGUCUUUUCUGUUGGUGGAUAAUGAUUCCUGAGGAACAAAACCUGAUGCAAAAUCCCUGUGGUUAAUUCUGGGUGGUUUUUGCACAGUGAUACUUGUGGACUUUCUUCGUAUUUACUUUUUUUCCCGCUAGUAGACUAAGGUGGAUUGGUGGGUUUUUUUUUCCCCCCCCCUAGCCAUUCAUUUUAUUAUACUCAUAUACUUUGACUUUUUUUUUUGUAAUUUUCUUCAGUUUUCAGAGGGAGAGAAUGCUUUAUAUUUACAAGAAAUAUAUUUCAGAAAUUAAUAGCGACGCCAAAGAAAAAAAAAAAAAAGUUAUAUCUGCAGACUUUUGCACAUAAUCUCCACAUAGUGCCUGUAAAUCUCAGAGAAAAAAAUAAUUGUCUAUGCUAUAGCAUUUUUAACGUUGCAGUGAGCGCGCCGAGUGUGGUGGAACAUCUCGAGCCCUGGUCACCCCCAUCCCACCCGGGUGGCCAUGGGGAGGCUGUGGGUGGCCGGGGAGCGAGGAACUGGGGAUCAACCGCUUGGCCCAGCGCGCCCAGCCAUGGCACGGGUGUUCUGGGCACUGCUCACCUCUGGUUAGAACAACAAAAACACACCAGAUAAGGAUCUUAGGGUUGUUGUUGGUUUCUUUUUUCCUAUUUCCAAUCAUAUCUGUACCGUUACCGCGGAGUUUGAGGAGUCUCUUGGACUGAACAAACGCAAGGCCUGGUGUGACGCUGCCAAAGAGUGAACGCAGGAGGUGCCUGAGCCUUUAGCAGAGAUGGGGGAGAAGUUCAGCUCAACAGGCAGACCUUUUGUUGUUGUUUUGUUGGUUUUUUUUUUUUAAAUUUUGCACUGUUUCUAGUCCUUGCUUCCGCCCCUGGCCCCGGAGGGGCUGCAGGACCAGGGGGAGAGGGGCCGGAGCCGUGGGGGCCGUGGCAGCGGGGUUGGCUCCGGGCAGAGCAGGGUCCCUGUGGCGGCGGGAGCUGUGGGCAGAGAGAGCCCGGGGGCUUCACUUGGGGAUAUUGAGACUUUGGGCUGCGCUGGCAGCCCCUGCCGGGAACCUGUGUCACACUAAUAAAGUUUUUAAGAAUGCA